AUGCAGGUCUGCUGCUGUCACAGCAUCUGCAGCAGGUGCGGCGGCAGCAGUGCAAACCCAACGAAGUACCAGCAAGCACACCCUGGGGAGCAGCAGGAAAACGAGCAGCAGCAGGAGCUGCAGCACGAACUGCAGCAAGGCAAGCACACCCUGGGGAGCAGCAGGAAAACGAGCAGCAGCAGGAGCUGCAGCACGAACUGCAGCAAGCGCAGCAGCAGCGGAAGCAAGGGCAGCGACAGCAGCGUUUCGGGAGCCUUGUUAAAUACGAUGUGGGGGGCCUUCUUCCUCUCGCAGGUUUUGCGUGGCGUGACGUACAGACAGAGAAUUCCCUACGGAGUUAAACAGACGGAAGCGUACAAAAAGGCCAAAAGACAAGCGCGAGCGGCAGCGCGAAAUGCGCGAAAGAUGAAGGAGUCGAAGGGCGUGUUGAUGGAGGGCCGCAAGUGCCUGAUGAUGUCACUGCAGCAGAACACCGGAAUCUCGUGGUUCCGUUCUGUUCAGGUCCUGAAGCAUUUAGAGCUGCACGCGCGUGCAAAUCCCCCUCUUACAAGCAAGCUCAGAGAGCAGAUUACUAAUGCCGUUGAGGUUGUCAAGCAAGGGCGCUAA